CAGUGUGAAUCUCGACAUGUGUGAAUCUCGCGAGAGUUUGACAGUGAGAAACGCUUCCGGCGCUGGACGCUCACGCGAGAUGUGUGACGGUCUCCUGAUGGAGGUGUGUGUGGACUCAGUCGAGUCAGCCGUAAACGCAGAGAGGGGAGGAGCGGGUCGUAUCGAGCUGUGCGGUAACCUGCUGGAGGGAGGGACGACGCCCAGUACAGGUCUGCUGCAGGUGGUGAAGGAGAGCGUGCGGGUCCCGGUGUACGUGAUGAUCCGGCCCCGUGGAGGAGACUUCAUGUAUUCGCACUGGGAGGUGGAGGUGAUGAAGAGGGACAUGGAGCUGAUGAAGAGUCACCGGGCCGACGGGCUGGUGUUCGGGGCGCUGACGGGGGACGGCCGAGUGGACACUGAGCUCUGCGUCGAGCUGAUGGCGGCUUGUCGACCUCUACCGGUUACAUUCCACAGAGCCUUCGAUAUGGUCCAGGAUCCAGUGGCUGCGCUGGAGGUUCUGGUCUCGCUGGGCUUCGAGAGGGUUCUGACCAGUGGCUGUGACAGCUCUGCACUGGAAGGCUUACCUGUGAUCAAACGACUGGUGGAACAGGCAAAAGGCAGAAUAGCAAUAAUGCCAGGCGGGGGAAUCACCGAGAGAAACCUUCAGAGGAUCCUCGAGGGCUCGGGCGCUCAGGAGUUUCACUGCUCCGCUCGCUCCAGCAAAGACUCCAGCAUGAAGUUCAGGAACUGUAACGUCAGUAUGGGAGGCUCUCUGGCCGUACCGGAGUAUGCAGUGAAAGUGGCCGACGUGACAAAAGUGCGGACGCUGAACGCCAUCGCGAGGAACACUCUCUAGCAUGCAUGGAGAAUCCUGCAACACUCCUGUACAAACUCUUCGACUUCUUCUUCAAUAAGGAAAUUACUGUGAAACUGCUCUGUGACGAUUCAAAACGACAGUUGUAGACGUCAAGAUCAGCGUAGCCUUUGGCAUUGAGAUGAUUUGCAGGUGUGAAAUAAAAUCUCCCAAUACUUUUGA